CUCUUAAUCCAUCGUUUAUCAUCCGGUGAAUAGGAACUUUCCAUGAUGUAACAACGAGUAGUUAUCUGACAUAACAUUAUGUUAAUCUUAGAGAUAUUAAUUCUAUCUUCUAUUAACUUGGUAUCAACAUUUCGUCCAUUAGAUCAGUCCGCAUCAAACAGAUAUAGAAUAAUACGACUCCACAACGACUCUUUUUUCAGGAAACCAAUACCUAAUGAGGAGUUAAAGCUUCCAAAUGCAGUUAGACUAACGGGAGAGUUUCUCUUGGACAGGGAACUUAUAAUCAAGAUUGCUGAGCUACGAACGUUUAUAGAGAAAUUGGAAUUUAAUAGAGGAAAACAGCCUUCAAGUGAUGUAAAACCACAAGAUUAUAGUAUUUGUGAUAUAUCGAAUGGUGGAUCAAAAGAAACGAACGUUAUGGAGAUAAACGAGGUUACCUUAGAACCAAUUAAGGAUCUGCUAUGUGAAGAAAAUAUGCUAGAAGAAGUUUUGGUAAAGACUUUUGAGGCUUAUAAAGCAGAUAAUGACUCUAAAUCUGUUGAAAGGUUAAAAAAAAUCGCAGAUGAAGUCGCACUUGUUGCUUCAAAAUUUCGAAGGUCCGUUGCUGAAGAAAAUAUUUUAAGGUUGUUGCGCUGUUACAUGGGAGAUGAAGAAGAUUUAAACACUGUACUCGAGGAGUUGCAGAAGAAGAGAGCCCUGAAUAAGUACCUAAUGCAUCGUCUUGAUGAAUACAUAAAUCUUGCUGGAAAAAAGUUUCGAGUCAGUGACGAACAUCCCUCGAUAUCUGAGAAAUUUUUAAGAUCGUUAAAAGACAGAAUAGCAGCUCAGCAAAUUACAACUAUGAGGGGGACCGAUUCAUUCGUCAAAACUUUAGCACUAUGUCUCCGGUAUAACAAUUAUGACGAUUAUGAUCGGGUAUUGAAGGAAAACAUAAAAACAAUCGAAGGCUUGGAAGAAUUCCAUGAUUGGUUACUGGAUGGAAUAAGUUAUAUCAAGGAAACAAAGAAAUGUGACGAUAAAAUUAAAAAAAUGGAGGAUAUAGUCAGCGCCGUGGUAAGGCAACAUCCCAUAUGGACGCCUCGUGAUGAUCAUGUAGAGGAUGAAUCAGAUUUCAAGCAAACGUAG